AUGUCGGCGUCGCGCUCCCUACUAUUGCCCGCCUCAAGGCUCAUCGCUGCUGCCGGCUCCAGCUCUUCGCGUACCGUUCUGGCGUCUCGAACCUUGUCGACCUCGUCAGUGCAGAAUGCCAUCACCAAGUUUGCCAUGCCCGCCAUGUCGCCCACCAUGACUUCCGGUGGUAUCGCAGCGUGGAAAGUAAAGGAGGGUCAGGCUUUCUCGGCGGGUGACGUGUUGCUCGAAAUCGAAACCGACAAAGCCACCAUGGAUGUCGAGGCCCAAGACGACGGUGUACUUGCCAAGAUCGUCGUGCAGGACGGAAGCAAAGACGUCGAAGUCGGCAAGACCAUCGCAAUGCUCGCCGAGGAAGGGGACGAUAUCUCCAAUGUCCAAGUACCUGCCGACGAAGCAGCCCCUUCUGCCUCCCCCGCUGAGGACCAGUCGGUGCAGACUUCCGAAAAAUCGUCACCCAAAUCAACCACGCAGACGGCCGCUUCCACUGGCUCUGCUGCUCCGUCCACAUCAGGAGCUUCGAGCUCCAACGCACACCACAACUUCAGGGGCCCUCUAUUCCCCUCGGUGCAGCGUCUGAUCGCCGAAAACGGCAUCGAGGACGCCGAGUCCAAGAUCAAGGGAACCGGUGUACGUGGUAUGAUCACCAAGGGUGACGUGCUCGCAUUCCUGGGCAAAGCCAAGUCGCCCACGGGCUCGUUCAAGGUGCCCAAGGGAGGUAUCGCCGUGCUCGGCCCCUCGCAGGCUGCUCCCAAGGACAGCUCUGCACCCACAUCUUCCACUACUCCCAAAGCUCCGCUCGAGCCAUUGUCGGGAGAUGCACUUCGCUCCCUCAUCAUCGGCGGUCUCGCUUCGUCUUCGCGCUCGGCACGUCAGCAAGGGGCACCAACACCAGCACUGGCAGUGCCCGCCCAGCCGUACUCACAGCAGGCUGUGGACAAUGCCCUCGAGGGUUACACUUUCUCGUCGACACCAGCACCCAAGCCUGGUAACACCCGAGCAACGCGCAGGCAAGGCAUCCGAUCUGACGACCCGCUGUGGGACUUGCUUUAA